AUGGACUUUAUAGACUUUGACACAUUCACCAAGGAUGCAUCCACUACAGAGGGUGGUGUACUUCCGCAGCCACAACCACCAUUAUCAUUACCCGUUAGUUCUAAUUUAGAUCAAUUUAGUAAAAAAUUGUCAAAUUUUACCAAUAUACUAAAUGUUGAAAAACCAAAAGACACUGAUCUCAACCAGCAAGGUAAUGAUCUUAUGGAAAAGUAUGCUCAAAUGUCAAUUAGUUUACUUAAAAAGGAUAAACAGGAAGACAUACUGAAUGAUCAAGAAGUAAAUGAUGUUACGGGACAUAAUAUGUUGUCCACUAGAUUAUCACGAGUACUCAAUGAUUCUCUUAGUGAUAAUAAUAUUAGAGAAAUUUUCACUAAUUUGGAAGAAAGAUUUGAAAAAGAGUCCGAAAGCUAUGUGUCCGAUUUAAUUGAACCUGGGAUCACUGGGUCUAUUUCAAGAAAGAAAUUUAAAGGUAGAAUUGAACAUGAAAUAAUCAAAAACCAACAGAGCAUACUUAAACAAUACCAACCAACAAUUAGACAGUUGAAAAAUAUAGAAACUAAAUUACAGAAAUUAAAUGAAUUAAGUAAAGAAACUAAUGAGAAAGUCAACAAGAAUUUUGAAUCUUCAAACGAGUUAAAUGUGGAGAUCAAUGACUUGAACAAGAGUAAACAAUUAAUCGGGUUAAAGAAAAAUUUAUUGAUCAAUUUUAAGGAGAAAUUUACAUUGAAUGAAUAUGAAGAAUUUGUUUUGAAUUCUGGGGAUUUAAAUGAUGAGUUUUUUGAAAUUUUAAAACGUGCUGAACAAAUUAAUGAAAAUUGUUCAAUUCUUCUUUCAUUGGACAAUCCUCAAUUAGGGUUGAAAAUAAUUGCUAAAAGUAAUCAAAUAAUCAACAGAGCCAUGGAUAGAAUUGUAAGUUAUACAAACAAGACUUUAGAUAACUUAUACUCCUUAAACUCCAAAUCAAGAUUAGUUACCUUACAUAAUUGUUUUAGAUUUUUACAAAACAAAUUGAAUUAUUUCAAUUCCAUUGUUUCCACAUUCAGUGAAUCAAGAUCUAAAGUUUUACUUGACGAGCUAUAUAAACAAAUCCAAGGUGAUGCGGAAGCCAAUGGCCCUACAAGGUCCAAUUCAGUUUCUGGUGAGUCACGUCCAAUUUUCAUGUCAGCUCAUGAUCCUGUACGUUUUGUGGGUGAUUUAUUGGCAUAUGUUCAUUCAGUUGCUGUUAACGAAUCAGAAACUAUAACAAGUAUUUUCACAAUGGGUGAUGAUAAUGAUAAAGAGUUUGAAAAUUCAAUACAUGAUGUUACUGAUAAGAUAUUAAGAUCAUUAUCUCGUCCUGUUAAAGCCCGUGUGGAACAAAUUGUUUCUAGUGAAACCAAACUUUCCAUAAUAAUGCAAAUUUUCAAUCUCGUUGAGUUGUAUUCCAUUAUGUUUAAGAAACAAUUAGGCGAUACAGGUAACUUGGUAGAGACUAUUAAACAAUUGAUCCAAAUCUGUCAGGAUCGUAUAUUUAUGAUUAUAUCCAAUAGAUUAGCCACCAUUAAAACAAGUAAUCUGGCCAAAUUAGAAUUGAAUUUAGAUUUGCAACCACCAGAAUGGAUUAUUGAGUUUUAUUCAGAUAUUUUACCAAUGCUUGAUCAGAUAACCACGGAAACCAUGUUGAACUUGUCUCAGGAAGACAAUGCCAAGUUUUUGAACUUGAUUAUUAAUCAACCAAUUGAAAUAUUCUAUGAGCAUGUUGAAAAGAACAAGUUGUUUUCAGAGAAGAGAGAUGUUUUGUUAAUUAAAUCCAAUUUCCUUGACUUGAUAUUAUCCAAGAUAGUCCCCGUGGCAUUAUUGACUGAUAAAGUUUUGGAAAUCAAUGAUAUGAUUGACGAUAUGACUUCAAAAAUGACAGAAUUGGAAUUGGUUCGCAUGUUGGGCAAAUGUAACUUAUACGACUACUAUAACAUUAUUAAUAUGAUUUGUCCAUUUACUGAUGAUUUCUUUGAAGUUUCUAUUUAUGAACCAAUUAAAGAAAACAAGCUAUACACUGUUGAUAAUUUCAUUAAAGUUGAUGAACAAGUGCGUGAAUAUUUACCAAAUGCAAUGAUGGAAAUUCAACUGACUCUUUUGAAAUUGAAUUCCCCUGUUGCUGUCAAUGAAAUUGUAAAUAAUGCCUGUGUUAAGUUUGUGAAAUUUUACUUCAAAUUGAAUUUGGUCAAUCAAGAAUAUUUAGACUACUCAUUUGUGUGGUCUGAUUACGAAUUGGCUGCCUUAUUGGGAAUUGAAGAUGUAUAUCAACAACCUGAAAUAAAUACAUAG